UGACCUGAACCACUUCUCGUGUACGAAAAUAAAUAUUCUAAAUAAUAAAAUAUAAGUAUUUCUAAUUUAAAUGAUCAAAAACGGUUUUAAAAACUAGUGUCUAUCACUUUAAACGCGUACGUUUUGGAAAUGAAAUGAGACAACUUGCUUGGUAAACAGCAGAUAUCUUAAGGUUUUGAAAUGCGGAAUUCUAAAUUGCAUUGUUAUUGUUAUUAUUGUUUUUUGUUUUUUUUGUUUUUUGUUUUGUUUUUUUUACUGUUACUGUUAUUGUUAUUGUGAUUAAUGCUAUUGUUAUAAUUACUCUUUUAUUUUAGUGCAAAUAUGUCAACAAUAGCGUCAACUAUUUCGCAAUGUCUUGUGGUCGUGGCCAUUGUUAUGAAAGGUCAGGCAGAUGACCCAAUUGUCAACACAACGCACGGCCAGGUCAUAGGUCUCAGGAAGGUCAUUCUCAAUAAGACAAUCAACAGUUUUUAUGGAAUUCCUUUCGCCAAGCCACCGGUGGGUAGUUUACGUUUCAAAAAACCAGAAACUUUACCUGCAUGGGGAGAACAAAUUAUGGAUGCGAGAAUUCCUAAAAAUUCUUGUUUGCAGUGGCACGAAAGCACCCCUUAUUGGUUACGAUCUGAUGGUCUGACUCGCAGCGAAGAUUGUCUGUACCUUAAUAUCUGGGCUCCAGCUAACAGCACAGAAAGUCUGACUACCCUUGUGUGGUUACACGGAGGCGCUUUUAUCUCGAAUUCAAUUAAUCGUCCACUAUGUCAGGGACACUAUCUGGCCGUAGUUAAUAACGUCAUAGUAGCGUCUAUCAAUUAUCGUCUGGGUGCUUUUGGAUUCUUCUACACUGGAAGUGACUCUGCUCCAGGCAACCAAGGCAUGCUAGACCAGGUGUUAGGACUGAGGUGGAUUCACGACAACAUACACAGAUUUGGAGGAGAUCCGAAACGGAUCACUCUGUUCGGUGAGAGUGCUGGAGCAGCUUCGGUGAAUCAUCAUCUACUUUCACCUCUAUCCCGGGACCUCUUUCAGUUCGCCAUCCUACAGAGUGGAACAGCCGAAGCCAAAUGGGCAUUACUAGACACAUCCUCUUUGAAAGGCACAUCUAUAGGUCUAGCAACACUGUUAGGAUGUCCUACCGUUGAAGAGGUGCCUAUGAUGGAAUGCAUGUUAAAGACUGAUCCUCAGUCGAUUGUGGACAACCAACUAUCUUCAAUGUCGAAAUUUAACCCUAUUCCAUGGGCGCCGAUCGUUGACGGACAUUUUCUACCAUAUCAUCCAGAACAGAUGCUUCUCAAGGGGGAUGUGAAAAACACGAGCGUCAUUAUAGGGGUGACUAAAAAUGAAGGAGCAUUUAAUUUCUCUGGUCAGUUUAACAAAACUCAAUUUACGGGAGUUGCAUACCUGGCAGCCUUCCCGUAUGCAGACAAGUCCAUAUACCCAGCUGUUGUGAACGAGUAUGCAGAGUCCACAGUGCCGUCGCUUCGCCCGAGUUACUACGCACUCACCGAAGACCUCCUUAGCGACCUUGCUUUCAUGUGUCCAGCAGCAUCAUUUGCAAUGUCUUAUUCCGCGAUAGGCAACAAGGUGUUCAUGUACUCUCUGGAACACAGGUCUGCUCUUUGUCCCUUCCCUGAACAUAUGGGUGUGGCUCACACGUGUGAUCUGGAACUGGUGUUUGGGCAUCCUCUGAACGACAGUCUGGCUUUUACAAACGAUGAUAAGAGAAUCAGUCAACAUAUUAUGCAUUACUGGACUAGCUUUGCGAAAACUGGUGAUCCAAAUAAUGCACAAACCCAGUCAACCUGGCCCAUGUACGACAAUCAGGAAAUGAAGUACAUUGUCCUGAACAAAACCAUCUCAACUGGACAGGGUCUACGUUACAGAAAAUGCAUGUUUUGGCAGAAGACUGUAAAGCUACUGACGAAAAUCAAAGCUACCAAUGAUUCUAAGCCAUGCAAUACGAGCGAUACGAGCCACGCUGAACAAACGAAAGGAAAGACUGCAGUACUGUCCCUCAUGUUUGGACUUUUGUUUGCAGUGAAAAGCGCUUUCAGACCCUAGUUUCAGCACUUAAAAAUGUACAUUAAGUUUGAUUAAUAUACGCUAACACCUAGACAAAACGGAGCUCAGGUUGAAAUGAGUGAUAAAGAUAUUUAAUUCUAAGAAUGUAGAAUGUAAUAAGAAUUAGUUGCUUAAAACAACAACAAUUCGAGUGAAUUUGAAAAAGAUUCAAGAUAUUUGGCAUCAAUUCUGGAAUUCCGAGUACGUGAUAAAAAUUCUGGAUUUUUCGGGAAAUUCCGGAAAGUUGGUCGGACUGUUAUUGUUUGGUCCAUAAUUAGUUUUUAGCGACGUUCUACCAAGUUCCCAGUAUAAGAAAAUUCAAAAUUAUUGAAAGCAUGGUCAAAAAGACAUCUUACUUUAUUAGGAAGAAUUGUUGCUAUCAAACGUUAGCGCUUUCCAAAUUGGUCCAUUUGAUUAUUAGUAUUCCCAAACCUAUCUGUGAAACAUUAAACAAAAUUAACCAAAUAUUCUACUCUUAUAUUUAGAAAAAUUCUGUUGAUCGCAUAGCCAGAAAAAUAUUAAUAAAAAAAAUUGAAAAUGGAGGCUUAAAGAUGAUUAAUCUGGAUAUUUUUUUAUUAACGCUCUUAAAUUAACCUGGAUAAGGACGGUAAUCAAUUGCUCAGAGUCGUCGUGGGUUAAUCUUCUCCAAUGUCAACUUCUUAACAAACAUAUUUCAAUUACCAAUGUUGGGGAUGAUUACCAUAGACUAUGUGGCAAAAAAAAUAGUCUAAUAUAUUUAGGAAAGAAGUGUUUAAUAUCCUGGCAAACUAUACACAUAAAGUUGAAUUAUCCGAAGAUGACAUACCCUCUGAACCAUUAUGGUAUAAUUCAUUAAUCUUAAUUAACAAUAAAAGCAUUUAUUAUAAAAGUUGGAAUUUAUUAGGCAUUAAUAAUAUACAUGAUAUGUUUGAUAUGGACGUAAUGUUUUUUAACUAUGGUACAUUUUUUGAUUUUUAUGGUUUUCGUCCUCCUUUUACGAUUUUUGAAGGGUUAAAAGCUGCAAUACUAAACAGAUGGCCCAAUCUUUCCAAACAAACACUUACUUCAGAGUUCUUAUUUUGGCCAAAGUCUAUGCAUACAAUAUUGUAUAACAAAAAAGGAUCCAAACAUAUAUAUAAUACAUAUUUAUGUUCAACUUUAUGUGCUCCAAGAUAUAUUUCAAGAUGAGAUAAGGAACUCAAUAUUGAAAGAGACUAUGCUUGGUGGACUCUUAACACUACAGUGUUUUUAAUAUGACAAAAGAUACUAAAUUAAUAUGGUUUCAAUAUCGAAUAAUUCAAAGAAUUCUUCCAACAAAUAAUUUCCUAUUUAAAAUUAAAUGGAUAACCAGUCCAAAUUGCAGCUUUUGUAAUAAGUAUAUAGAAACAUAUUUUCAUUUAUUUUUUGAAUGUUCAUAUAAACAAUGUAUAAUUAAGUCGCUAUUCAAAUGGAUAAGGGAAGUAACAGGUACUAACAUUACCAUGGCCCCACCAAAUUUUCUCUUAGUGUACCAUGAAGAAAACACUGUUAUAAAUAUCAUCGUUACAUUGGCAAAACACUAUAUAUAUAUAUAUAUAUAUAUAUAUAUAUAUAUAUAUAUAUAUAUAUAUAUAUAUAUAUUUAAAAAUUUGACAAGAAAACCUCAAGUUUUGAAAUCCUCAAAGUCAAAAUAAAUGUUUAUUAUAAUUUAGAAAAAGCUGCAUAUUGUAAUAAGAAUAAAUACGAGAAAUGUAUUAAGAAAUGGAAAUUAUGGAAUCAUACUUUUCAGCAGACUCAAACCAGAUGGGUGACAAAAUAGUUCUGGACUAGAUAAACACAGAGAAUGUUUUGGUGUGUUGACUAUUUUCAUAAACAAGGAAAAACUGUAUCAUAAAAGACUGAAAAACAACAACAACAAAAAACCCUUCUAUAUAGUAACCUUUUCUAUAAGUUUAGUAUAUGAAAAACUCUCAAGUGUGUAUUGGCUUAUAUUCAACUUUUUGGGCAAUGUGUAAAUGUAUGUGUGGCAAUAUAAUACUUGUAUAUUGUGAAAAUGGCGGGGAAAAUACAAAGAAAAAGAAAAGAAAAAAGUUCCCAAUAUAACAUAAAGAUAGCCGUACCUUUUUUUUCUGGCAAUAAUCGUCUACGAAAAUGUACAUGGAUAAUAUUUUAUGUUCUAUUAUGUCCACAUUUUCUUAUCCCUAGAUUUCACAGCGUUACAAAAUUAUUAGGAGGACCAUUGAGUCAAAUGGUUUAAGCUUGCAAUCUAUUGGUAAACUGUUAUCAUUGGCUUUAGAUAAAACAAAAUAUAUUGCUUUAAUUGCACGCCGAGUUUUAUUGUUUUAUUCUAAAUUUGUUUUGCUUAGUGAUCAUUAAACCUAAUUAUUUGUAUUCUUUAACAUUUUCAAGAGGCUUAUCUCCUAGAGUAAAUAUGUUCUUAUAGUCAUUUGUAUUUGCAUUUCCAUUAAAUGCUAUUUAGUUUUGUGUUUUCAAUAUUCCAAAAAGGCAAAUCGUGAACAUUAGUUGCUAGUAGUGCAGUGUCGUCGGCAUUAAAAUAUUAGUGGCUGUAUAUUAAAUGUGUAUCUGAUCGUUCUAAUAUUUGUACUCGGUAAAAUUUCAUUUUAUUUCCUAAAAUAUUUUUUUUCUUACGUACGAAAUUAUUAAAAGAUAAAA